GGCUGCAUUAACAGUGAUUCAUACCGCUGCAUUUACUAGGUGCAAAACGCUGUGUUCUGUUUCACACUGCCUAGAGCUGUAUGAUUCACAAACGGAUGUUCCUUCUUGCGAGAGACUUAAUAAUAUUUCUUUACGUGUCUGCUGUACUGCAUUAACAGUCACAACUUGCUAUCCUUUUUUAUGUACUUAUUUUGUUUAUUGAAAAAGCGAGGACAUCGCUUGCAAAUCAGCCAAUUUCUUUCCAGCCAUGGCUGCGGCGAUUCGUGCGCAUGUUGACGGUGAAAUCUGCCACCAUCUUAUUCUGCAACUUCACCUCACUGAUUACCGGCCACCAUUCGAAUACACUAUGGGAAGAGUUUUAGGAAGAGGCGCAUUAAGCCGCGGCGUAUAUUUAGCCACAGCCAAGAUUUCCAGAAGGCAGUUCGCAGUCAAACGGAUCCAAUUGACGUCAUCGAGCGUCAACGAACUUCUCCGGGAAAGCGUACAAGAAUUCAAGGCAGUCGUGGCCAACAACGCUCAUCCGCAUACAAAUGUUGUCCGGUAUUAUUAUAUGGACAUCGCGUAUUUUGAUAACGCACCGGAAGUCUGCAUUUUCAUGGAAUAUUGUGAAGGCGGCACUUUGGAGCAUAAAAACGAUGAACUCAACGCAGCUGGCAAGCGGUAUAAACAAGCUGACAUCGUUCGGGAUUUAACUGGCAUCUUAAAAGGCAUCGAAUACCUGCACAAGAACGGAAAAGCGCACCGCGAUUUAAAGCCGGCAAAUAUCCUUUUUGACGCCGACGGCACCCCAAAAAUCGCGGACUUCGGCCUGAUGAUUCAGCUGCAAAAUUCCGUUACCCGAAAGAACGAGCUGCCUCGCGGAGAGGGAACUCUUCUGUACGCAGCACCGGAAGUGUUCAACCAGGCUUUUGGUAAUCUUGGUCGUGCCUGCGAUAUCUGGGCGUUGGGAUGCAUUCUGCUGGAGAUGUUACAAGGACACGACCUGUAUUACAAGCGCAAAGACGGGAGCGGAAAGCUAGUGAACUUGGCAACGACAAGUGAGAUCAUUGCGGCGCUGUCCAAUGGCACUAAACCGUAUUACACCAAAGACUUCGGACGACAGGGUUGUGGCGACACGCGGCAGUUUCUGGAUGCAGCUGCAAAUUUUUUGGAGCAAUGCUUUCAUAGUCAUCCAAGUAAUCGGUCAUCGGCGCACAUGCUGCUGAAUCAUCCAUUGAUUCAGGGAAAAUCGCCAACGAGUUCCAGCAACAGCAGUGACAGUGGCAUUUCCAGCGAACUUGAGAACCGUCUUAAACUGAACGUCGAUAACCACGUGCUGUAUCACGUGCAUCCGAAACCACAUUCCCCGGCAGAGCUGCAUGCGCGUCACGCCGAUCCAUCGCCGCUUUUUCACAGGCACCAUUCCAGACUGGAUACAAGCGAUGAAGCACCCUUCGUAACGCCCGCAGCUUUCAUGCUUUUCCCUAGCUCGUUUCCGGUCACUUCGCCGCCAGUACUGCACGCUGCACACUCGCCAACCUCCUUUCCGAAAAGUCUGUUCACGGGGCCGCCGGUGGGUUCUGCAAUGCCUCAUAAUGUGCCAGUGGAAAUGCUGUUUGGGGACGUUCCAAUUGGCCGACAUGGAUGCUGCAGAAAAGUGCCGCGGUCGCCGUUUAACUCUUAGUUGAUGCAAUGAGGCCUUACACUUAAAGUGCUGCUUCAGUGCUUCCAACAGCGGUUAUUUGUUGUUAUUGGUUAUACCAUGGAUUAGCAUGCUGCUUCAAAGUGCUUCGUUGUAUAAUUUGUUAUGUAGAAAAUAUUUUUAUUCGGCAAUAAUGUACAUACUACAUAUACUUGUGUUCGGUACAACUAAUUUCGAGCUUGUGGCCGCUUUACAUGUUGUUUUCCAAAUCACAGAAUUAAAUGCACUCACU